UCUGUGUAUGAAGGUGCUGAUGAAUUGAGGCUGUCAAAUGGAACUGGCCCCUGCUCUGGGAGAGUGGAAGUAAAACACGAGGAGCAGUGGGGAACUGUGUGCGAUGGUGACUGGACCAUGGCAGAUGCUGAGGUUGUUUGUAAGCAACUACAAUGCGGAUCUGCUGUUCGGGCACUUAGUCGAGCUUCUUUUGGAGAAGGAUCUGGACCAACAUGGUUGUAUCGAGUUCACUGCCGUGGUGAUGAAUCUGCUCUCUGGAACUGCUCACACGCAGGGUGGAAUUCUUUUACCUGCCCUCAUUACUUUGAUACUGGAGUGAUCUGCUCAGGUUUCUCUGAGCUAUGUCUGGCUGGAGGGGACAAUGCCUGCUCAGGACAUCUGAAAGUAAAGCAAGAAGAAACUUGGGCUAUGGUCUGUUUUUCACAUAUUGAUUUCAAAGCUGCCUCUGUAGUAUGUAAUGAGUUAGAGUGUGGCCAGGCUGUGGAUAUCUUGGGAGGAUCUCACUUUGAAGACAGACAUGAACUGAUCUGGCAUUUCCAGGAUUUGAGGCUUCACUUGUACCACAAGGCUACUCUCUGUGAAAUGCUCCUAGUGUCAGGAAACACCAAGAACAGGGCUGCUCCACAAGGGUGCCCAGGGGGCAGGUUGGUGAACGGCACCACAUGCUCUGGCAGAGUGGAGAUCCGCCACGGAGACACCUGGGGAAGACUCUGCCGUUCCCACUGGAAUUUGCAAGCUGCCAGCGUUCUCUGUCAUCAACUGAACUGUGGCUAUGCAAAGUCAAUCCAGACAGGAGACCGUUUUGUGGAUGGGAAUGGGCCUGUAUGGAGAGAUGCUUUUCGCUGCGAAGGGACAGAGUCCUGCCUGUGGAAUUGUGCUCAAGUGACUUUGGGCAAUCCAACCUGUUCAGCCAGAGAAGCAGCCACUGUUAUUUGUUCAGGUCUUGCUGAAUCACUCAGACUGUCAGGUGGUGAGAGCCGCUGUGAUGGGCGAGUUGAGAUCUCUCUCCAUGGCAUGUGGAGCAGAGUCCUGGAUGAUGACUGGGACAUUAAGGAUGCUGAUGUGGUAUGCAGACAGCUCCAGUGUGGAACUGCCAAGAAAGCCUAUUACCUCCCAAGGUCUGAGCGAGGCAUGGGUCUUGUGGCCUUAAGAAGUGUCCAGUGUGCUGGAAAUGAGACUCAGCUAAUGCUCUGUAACACCUCCCAUUCUCAUACACUGCCAACGGGAGUUGCUGAAGACGUUGGUGUGAUUUGCUCAGGUAGCAGACAGAUCAGACUGGUGAAUGAAACAAAGCACUGUGCUGGGAGAGUAGAGCUUUAUCAUGAUGGCAGCUGGGGCACCAUCUGCGAUGAUAACUGGGAUCUAUCAGAUGCUAAUGUUGUUUGCAAACAGCUGGGAUGUGGCCAUGCCAUCAAGGCAUUUGUCUCUGCUCAUUAUGGCGAAGGCUCAGGACAGAUCUGGCUGGAUGAUGUGAACUGCACUGGGGCCGAGUCCGAUCUCUGGGCAUGUCCCUCUAGUGCAUGGGGCCAGCACAACUGCCAACACAAAGAGGAUGCUGGAGUCCUGUGCUCAGAGUUCCUGGCUCUGAGACUGGUGAAUGGCAAUGACUGUGCUGGGCGGCUAGAAGUUUUCUACAACGGGACAUGGGGGAGCGUUUGCUCUAACAGCAUGUCUCAACUCACCGCAGUAACUGUGUGCAAACACCUGAACUGCGGAGAUGGUGGAGAAAUCGCAGCAGACUUCAAAUACGGCAGAGGUUCUGGCCCUACAUGGCUGGACCACAUCGAGUGCACUGAGCAACACAGCUCUCUGUGGCAUUGUCAGUCAGACCCCUGGGACCCUCAGUCAUGUGAUAACCGAGCAGAAGAGACACACAUUUCCUGCACUGACAGGGAGAAGUUACGAGUCAUAGGAGGAGAGGAUGGAUGUUCAGGCAGAGUGGAGAUUUGGCACCAAGGUUCUUGGGGAACAGUCUGUGACGAUGCCUGGGAUGUGGCAGACGCUAAUGUUGUGUGCAGGCAGCUGGGCUGUGGAUCUGCUGUGUCUGCUCUGAGUGAAGCUGCCUUUGGGCAAGGGACUGGUCCCAUCUGGUUGGAGAAGGUGCACUGUAAAGGAACAGAGCUGUCUCUUUGGGACUGUCCUGCCAAGCCUUUGCUUGGCAAAAACUGUGAUCACAAGGAAGAUGCCGCUGUGAAUUGCUCUGGUUAG